UCGGAGGGUAGGGGCAGAAACCGCGAUGUCGUCAUAGCGUGGAUUACGCUGCGCCCGACACCUUCUUUCUCAGAUAGGCAAAGAAAAAAAGUGCGCGCUCUAUGCAUGAUAUACGCUCGAGCUGCAUCCGAGAGAUUUGCAGCCUGCGCAGACUGCAAUGUGUCGGUGACUGCGGUUGCAGCAGGUGCACCAGCGGCAAUCCUGUAGAGCCACCCCCCCACCCUGGUCCCCCUUCCCGCUGUCGCUCGACCCCAUCCCACGAUGCCGCCGCUGUCCCGUGCACCAUCCAGCGGCCGAAUGGUCCCCGUCGCCAAGUUGGCCUGGGUUUCCAUCUUGAUGGCCUUCCUGUGGCCCUACUUCCUGGCGCGGUUCCUGUGUCGGAUCUGGCUGCGCUUCCUAAGAGGCUGCUUCAUGCGCACGACUAGCGUCAUCCUCCUGCUCGGCGUUGGCUCGUUUGUGUGCUACAAGCUCUACCGGCAGCUGAAACAGCGGCUGCGAAAGAAGCGCUCCAAGAAGGACCCCUCUUCGAGGAACUCUCACAUCCGCAGUUGGGUCACCAAUGUGGACCCUUGCUGUCCGCACGACUGCUACCUCGAGAGUGACGAUGAGUCGGAGAUCAGCGAGACCACACGCCGAGACGACUCCAGUGAAGAGGCGUCAUUCGGGGAUGCUGACACCAACUCGAGCUGCGGCGGUCUGAGUGACAUCGAGGAGUGCUGGGACAUGGGGGUGACGUCGAGCAACCCUUACGAGCCGGUGCGCUUCAACAGCCACUCCGGCAACGUCCGCUUCCAAGGUUGCCAGGCCCCCAAGGCCGCCUCUACCCCGCUGAACAUCGGAGUUACCGUCGACCACCGCAACAGGAAUCACAAGCCGGAGAGCCGCCAUCAGCUUCAGCGGAACUCCGGUUUGAAGGGACCGAAGGACAGGCAGAGCGCCGGAUCCGGAGAUUUAAAGACCGGUCCGAACAGCCACAACAACAACAACAACAAGAGCCAUGACGACCCAUCCCUUGUGUCGGAUGACUCCGUUUCCCAUGAUCCGGAAGGACUACUGGACUCCCUUUCCUAUGAGGGCAAUGCCAGCAGUGGAGCGGCGACUCCCUGGGCGCAGGACACCCAGUCGCUCCAGGCCAACUUCAGCUUCGGGUCGCUGACGGAACGCAACCGGCUCACCGAGGAGCUGUUCUCCUCCGUCCGCGCGCUCGCGGAAGACGAGGAGACGGAGGACGGCUUUUCGCCGAGCGGGAUGGUUUCCGAUUCCGCAAUCCCGCGCCUCCGUGACCAGCGCUACCUCUCUCUUGAGAGCGAAGCCUCAGACCUGAGCAUCUUCGAACAGGCACCGCUCCAAGUGCCCCGCGAGACAUUUGACACGAUCGACCGGAUCGAGACGAUCCUCCACGACACCAAGCAGGAACUUUUGGACCUCGACGCGGACUUGGUGAGCCUCCGCGUCUGGCGAAAACUUCCACAGGACCACGAAUCCGGCGCAACUCCAGCAGACGACGAGGGCGCGCUGCGGACGGCCGACAGCGGGAGCGACUUUGGCAACUCCUUAGAAUCCGACUGCGAGCGGAUCACUAAGGAUUCGUCUGCUCCGAGCCUUGAGUGGGACUCUGCCUGUCUUCCGCGGCACGGCGCCGCGGAGCGACGUGGGUCUGGGCCGCACGACGACGGUACGAGCACGCUGAGCGAGAUCUCGGACAUCGAGGAUGCCAAGUCGUCGGGGGUGUUGGACGCAGUCCGGCGGCACAGCGGCGGAAGCAUCCGGAUGCCCGGAUCACUGCGGCAGGAGAUCCAGCGCGCGAUGAGGUUGGAGUCGGAUCGGUGGAAAGGCCGGCUGGUACGGAGUCAGACGGCACCCGUGGACCAUACGCUUCCGGAGUCUGAGUGGGCCUGCGACCUGUCGCGGUCAGCGACGCACGAGCUCUUCUCACUGAGUGACGCAUUCGAUCGGAUUCCGACUGUCCCCGAGGAAAACACGCCCAGUCCAAGCAGCACGAGUGCGUCGGACUUUACGUCAGAGUUUGCAUCAAUUAACGUGAGCAGCCCGGCAGACGUUGCGAGUCACGACACCAACGGCAACGACAUUGUGCGGGAGUGCCCGGACGACGAGUCGGGCUUCAGUGGCGAUUCGGCCAUCAGCAUUGGUGACAGGGUGUUGAUUGAGGACUACAUUCCAGAGCAGUGGCGUCAAGAGAACAAUCGUGCAACGGAAAACGCAGACAAGAGCCUUACGGGAGUUUUGUCUGGGCUGAGCGUGGUAUCGAUGAGACGAGUGAAGCACGACGGCUACGGCGCGAUCCGGGCUGCCGCCUUUCAAGUGUUGGCGAGCGCAGGCUCUCUGCUCUCCAGCCACAGGGGGGCUAAUGCAGUCUAUCAGAGGUUUCACGAGCCAGCGUCACUUGGGAAGCUCCCAUGGCUGGAACAAUGGCGCUUUCACCGCAUGCUGGGUCCUGCAACAUCGUCCCUGCAGCAGUUCUGGGAGUGCCUGUCCUGCCUACAGGAUACCGAGGACCAACUGAACGCCGCGGCGAAUCCCGAGCUGUUCUUGGCACGGCGCCUCAACGAGGAUUCAAUGCUGGACGCCAGACUGGUCGAGGCCGUCAAAAUCCUGAUGCUCAAGUCGGCCUUAGACCUGUUUGCCCUGUUGCAGCGGGACAGUGAUCGGCCGUGCCCCGUGUUUGCGACGGUCCUCUUCUCACGGGCCUCAUCGGCAACGCCAAGGGACCUCCUUCUGAACCACCUCAACCGGCUCGGGAGGGAACAGGAGGUGCAAGAGGCGGAGCUCUACCUGCUGGGCUAUGCACUGGCCACAACGCUGACCGUCGUGCGACCGGCGCUCUCAGGCUCUGAAGACUGUAUUAGCCGCUACCCCGAAUGGCAAGUCGGGAGCUGGCCCGAGGUCGUGCUCGUCGAACAGGACGGACAAUACUGUGCGUGCGCAAGGUGAUGAACACCGUACACAACGACCCCCCGCCGUCGAGUUUUUUUUUUUUUUUUUUUUUUUUGUGCGUCGAGUUAUACGUCUACACUGCCCUCCCUCUCCGUACGAAAGCUGCGACGUGCUCCGAGUCCGCUCGACAGAGUCGGGUUUGAGGAGCGAAUGUCGUCUUGUCAUUCUUGGAAUCGAAGGCGGCCGUUUGGGUCUUCUGCUACUUCACCCACGUUUCGACGUUACUCGACGUCUUGUCACCUUUGAACCAAACGGCGCGACUGCUGCGGUGCAACGUACGAUAACCAAUGCUAUAACCAUCGACGGGAUGAAAACGACAGGGAUGAGUUCCAGUUGUCCCUCCUCCGGUGCAAACUUCCUGCCUUUGGCGGUGCUUCGGCAUAUCGUAAGCCUCGAACCUGAUCGCGUGCCGGAGGCCAGGCGUUUGAAAGAAAACGUCCCGCUGUUUUCACCCUGUCUGUGCCCGUAGCUGUUUGAAAGCUCCCUCGUAAAAUCUUUCUUCCUUAUCGCGUUAACCACCUUCUGAUGGCCCGUCCAAACGGCACACUUCGAAAAUCAUGAGGCGACGCGACUCCUGCUGGAAGCAGGUAAGUUUUUGAAUGCAAAGGUGUAAAACUCUUACCCUGGAGCAAGAUUGAGUAAAUUUUGGAACACGGGCAAAGAUACGAGGGCUCGGCAGAUCAGACACCACCCGCAUUGGCAAUUGGCGUGCGACAUCGAGUCUGACGAGCACCGAGGUCACCAAAAAGCGGAGGAAGCGAGGAGGAAAGUCGUGACGUUUGCUUGGUGGUGGUCGAUCAGACGUCGGAUUGUCGGACUUCGGCCGCUUCAACUUCCACGACUUUUUAUGGAGUUUGUGUCGCCUCACGAUUAAAGAAGUGUCCUGUUUGGACAGCCCUUAAUAAUGUCAUCAUCACGAGCUUCUCUGAAGCAGCUUACCCUGAGCAAGCUCUGGCCUUAUUACGCAUUGUACUUAAGGCAAAGAUGCUGUAGGUGCAUAUUGUUCAGACGUGAAAACUUGAUCGUUUGCGUCGUGUGCUAAUGUGGAUAUUAUGCAUGCAGUGUUCCGUCGAGACAGCUAGUGGAUGCCAAAAGAAGCCUGCACGAGAGACUAUGCCUCUGUGCAUAGUUUUUUUGUUUGCUUGCUGCAGGCACAAGCAAUGCAUUAGUACAACUGUGUUAGUCCCAUGUCAAACUCGUGCUUCGUUCAUUUUAAAGCAUGUUACAAUUUUUUUUAUUCCCGAUUUUAGUACGGUAAUUUGUAAAGUGGUGAUAUAUGCUAUAUGUAUAAGGACCAAUGGAGAAUUGCAUGCAACUUGAUUUAGCAACCCGACGUUGCAUGUAGAACUGCGCAAUAACAUUUUCUGCAAAGAAAAAAAAAAAAAAUUCAGUGUCUAUCUGUGAUUGGCUUAGAAUCCAAGACUGCAAGUGCAAAAGAGGAUGCCUAAUUUGUGUCGGUUUCUCCUUUUGGUUGCACCUUGUCUCUAUAUCACACUCUGCCAGGGCAGUGCCUUUGUUCUUCCAAAUGCAAUAUAUAUGACUCUGCUGCCAGAAAGAUGCAAGCAAGCAAGACGACGGGCAAAUUUUCAAUAUUGCUUUUACAUUAGUUCAGUGAUCCAGGCAAAAUCUGUUUGAAUGAGUUGUUAAAAAAAAAAAAAAAUGAAAGCCCAAUGCAAAGGUUGUUAUUGUGUGCAAAGUAUUGAAACAUUCCUUGCCCUUGUUUAUUGGCGAGACCCGUUUACGAUAUCGAGGACCAUCUUUGGAGGAUGUGUAUAUAUAUUUCUCAGCAUCCAUCUUGUGACUCUUAGCAGUUGUCUGCUAGUUACUACCUGUUUUAUGCCGGAAGAGAAGUCGUGCCAAAGAGGUGAGCGACUUUGCUUCUAUGAAAAAAAAAAAAAUGGGAGCUGUACUUCUUUUCGCCUCAGGAACUGUUGUGAAAAAAGUUUGGCUCUUUGCAGAGCAUUACUGAUUUGCCCCUUAAUGUGUAAAAGACACUUGUACAUGCGUUUGAAAUCAGGUAUUCAUUGUUUUAUCGAAACGUAUAUGUUUCAUACACAGAAAGUGUUUGUUUCUUUGGAAGACAAAUCUUGAAAAGAAAAAAAAAAAAAACACACUUUGCACAGUGGAGAACCUGUGCACAAACCAUUUUUUGUUUUUUGGGGUGACCAGUAUAGUUACUUCAAAACGAGUUGUGCUCACAGUGUGCAGUGUGCAGUAGGUUCGUAACGUCUGCCUGUAUAAAAGCGGCUGCCGGGUGAAAUCUAGUUUGCAAGAAAAGAGAAGAUAUUUUGGGAAACAGCGGUGUUCACAUAACUCAAGGUACUAGCAUUGUAGUCACGCAUAAAAAUGUAAAGCCCUGCACGAGAGAAAAACGAACGUCACCUGUUGAAUCUAGCUAGAAACGGAAGCUAGGCGAAUAGUACAGCAGUCAAUUAAAAAAAAUGUACUGCACACCUGAAAGGCAUUGCACUGUAAAUAAAACUGCCAAAAUGCUCUCAAACUGUGCAGAACUCUUGAGAUCGCCUAAAUAAUAGAGCAGCUUAGAGUGGCAGUCUCCUCCUUGUACACUUUGUUCGAAGCGGCAUUUCAAAAUAUGAUGCACACCACUGUACGAACAACUUCCUUCAGCACUACUUUUGCCCGAUCCAUGUCAUUAUGAACCUGUGGUUAUAUCUCCGACGUGUGAUGGGGCACAUAGGUUGUUGGAAGUGUAUUGUGUGAGAAGUGCCUUUAGAUAUGUCCGUGGAAGGAAAAGAAAACCCUCAAAAAAAAUACAUGUCUGAACAAAC